UUCUUAUUCUGAGCUUCUACGUUUUCUCUUUAUUUGCACUGUCCAUUGUAUGGUAGGCUGAUAUUUUGGUCUGUGAAUAUGAUUUCAUUCAUUCAAUCGUUUAAAAUAUUGUCUUGUCUAUGGUUUUUAAUUGGCGGCAUUUUUAUGAAAAUUUUGCGUCACCGGUACUUUAAUUAUUUUUGUUUUACAGUUAUAUUUUCCUGUUUUAACAAAAACCUAGCUAUGUUUUAUCCGGUUGAGUCUUUACGGCGAGGUGGAAGAUUUUACCUCUGCUGGGUAGCUGACUCUUGGCCAUUGAGAUUUGCUACGAUAACGCACCGACAACUUUGGUCGCAAGAUAUUCGUCAAAUCUGUGAUGAUCUACUGGACGUGUACACGAGGGAGUCUGGGUAUGCCUCCGCCAGGUUCUCUUUGCGGCUCAGCUCACAACUAAUGCGAGGUCUAGUGAGAUUAUACCAGAAGAAAGUUACAGUUUUCUUGAGUGACCUCUGCAUGAUAAAUGCUACAGCCAUCAAACAUACCCACCACAGGCCGGUCCAUCAUGGUGCUCCGGCAAGGAAAAGGGAGGCUGUCCCUCGCUUGGGGCCAGCUGUGGUUGAAGAAAUACCCGGGAAUGAGGACAAGCUAGAGGAACGCAUACAGGCAAGUGGCAACGUGGUGGCUAACAUUGAAGAAAUAACAUUGAAAGAAGUAGCCAUCCCAGAGAUACAACUUCCUGCUGACGGCUUCGGCGAAGAGAACGCUGAGCAAGCUCUCCAAGACCUACUAGCCAACAGGACAGUAGAGGAGAUGCUGGGCCAUACCGCCGCGUCCGCACACCUCAGCGACCUGCUUGCUCUAGAUACCACCGACAAGUCUAUACAGAACAAGUCCAGGCUCGCCCCCAACGAGCCGCUGAUGAUGGAGAGGAUCUCGGAACAUGACAUGACUUUGUUUAGGAAAUCUACUGCUGCCAAUGAUCUGAUCCCAAUGGAAGAUGUGGAGAAGGAAAUCCUCCAAAUCCCUGAUAUUCCUGAUAUCCCGUUACCCGAAUUACCCGUUCCUCAACCCGAAAAAGAGAAAUCGCCAGUAGCUGAAGAACAAGCAGAAGCACCAGCCACUUCUAAAGAAAAGGAGGUGAUGGAUAUCGAGUUGGAACUUGAGGAGUUAGAAGAGAUAGAAAGGCAGCCGAAGCGGAAGCGCGCCCGCCGGCUCAUAGUGGACAAGCGGACCAAGAUCAGCGGACUGGUGCUGAGACACCGCCUCGAGCAUGUCAACCUGGAACUGCGCUGUGAGGACAGUUCAGAAGACAUAAUCGACCCGCUUCGUCUCCCGGCCGAGGUGUACUUACAGAGACCAGCCUGCGUCGGCUGGAGGCCGCAAGGAAACGUGAGCUGCCGACUGCUGAGGCUCUUCAAGCAGAACUUGGGCUUCGUCGAGAGGGCUGAGCAUAACUUCGAUAUGGAGCAAAUGUUAGCCGAAGGCGUAAGGCGUCACAAGGCUCGGAUGCCGCUUACAAAGAUAGUGGAGGAAGACGCAGCCCAGGACAUGCCCCGCGUCGUGGUAGAACAACCCGCGCCCGACGCCACGCUGCCUGAGGAAUUCCUGGCGCAAAAUAUCACAGAAGGUCGGCCAAGUAUUGCUGUGGAACCGAUUGACAUAAUGGAUCUGCCGACGCAAGUUCUGAUGACGGAGUCCCAGGAGGCGAGGAAGCGAGCGGCCGAGAUCGAGGACCUUCAUGCUUCAGGGGCCAAGAAAUUAUGCCAGCGGAGUGGGACCAUGUCGUUCAGACAGAGCCAACUUGAAAUAGAAGAAGCUGCGGUAGUUGAAGUUGAAGCGCAGAAACGCAGCGGUGAAAAAGAAAACCAUUUCACAUCGAUGAAGUCACCGCAAGCUCCUCGAAAGAGUGCCAGACGUUUGAGAGCUUCGAACAAAUCCGACAAAUCCGUCGAAAAAUUAUUGGAUCUACCCGCCCCCUCGACAUACCACGAACAGGCGACAAUUGACCCAGAAGUUGCACAGAAGUCGCCAGAAGUGGUACAGAAGUCUCCAGAACAAGAGAAAGAAAUGCAUGUUUCUCAAAUGCUGGAAGAAGUAGGUUUGGCCGACGCUCGCAACUUGAUGGCUGCUGAAUUGCGUCAAUCGCAACAUAAAGCUCAAAGCGGGGAAGAGAGCUCAGAAACUCAGCUGGGAAGUCUGGACAGAACCAAAGUGGACUUCGGGGAUUCAGAUAAGACUACUGAUACUCAGAGGUUCCUCAGGAAGGAAUGGGGCACCCAAGGCACGAUGCUCAAAGUGGUCCGCAUGCUGCACCAGCAGCAGGGCCCGCUGAGCGUGCGUGUACUAGUGAGCCGCGGGCCGGCGCCGGGCGGGCUCGAGAGGAUCGUCGCCGCGCGAUGCUUCACCGCGCUUUUGAAAUUAAAACAACAUGCAUUUGUGGUCCUCAGCAAAGAUCCUACAUCUCUAGAAAUAACUGAUAUUUCCUGUGGCGCUAAAUUUAGAUUACCAUAAAAAAAACUUUGUGAGUAUUGUUAUGAUUUUCUGCAAUAA